AAUCAACAAUUUUUAAACCCUAUUUUAUUUUUCUAACGUUAGAUUUAUGGUCGUAUUUCGUUUGUUUCCGACUUUUAGAAUACGAGAAAUUUUUUAUGUGAACGUUCGCCAUAUUGAACGGGUUCCUUAUAAGGAAAUUGACCCUCCGACCUCGUUUGCAAAUCGGUGCCAUGAUUUUCAACGAUGGCGUUUGUGAAACUGGAGCACUGUGAUGGUGGAUGAUAUUUCAUUUCUCAAAUGGAUUACGCUCUACAUUAUCGAUUUUUUUGGUUAUUGUCUGAUAGUUAAUUGUGAAACACUUUGAAGUGUUGUUCAAUUGUGCCCUGGAUAGCGCCAUGGAGCGGAGAUUUCACAGAAAAAGUUGGCGACGAAAGUCGUGUUCCAUUUGUGCCUCAUUUUGCGUUACACCCCUUGUCAACAUUGUACUUCUGGUACUCCUGGUUUUCAUGUGUCCAUCUUUUCAACAGCCAGUGGGAGG